AGAACUGUUGUGGAAACAAGUAAAUAGCAGAGUAUGUUUUAGCUAACAGCAGGGACACUACAGGCAUACAUUUAACACUUUACUGUGAGUUUACCCCACCCAGAAGGGAAGGGGCUACCUGGAGCUGAAAUGGCCUGAAAGCAAUGCGGAGAGCUGGAGAAGAAAUGCUGUAAUGGACACAGUUAUGUUCCCAGCCUUUAAAUUUCAUGCUUUGGACUAUGCAUAUGAGAAUCUUAUAAGGCAAAAGAUUUCCAUGUCUUGGAUGAUUAUUCCAUUUCCUAAAGGAAUCCAAAAAAAUGAAAACUACUGUCACAGCAGGAUCUUCACCAAUGAUAACUACCGAAGACCAUGGACAAGGACUAAAACACUCUCAGGCUGUGAUGUGCAACAUGAAGAUUCUAUGUUCGAUGAGUGGAAAAACUGCUUCAACUCUGAUGUUUUUUUGGAUAAGUACCACAUAUCAGUAUUUUGUCAUAAGGGUACACUUUUUGAGGUUAUACCAAGUUCAAACCCCAGCUCCCAGUUAGACUUGGUGGAGAUCUCCACUACAGAGAAUGAUACUAUAAAAAGCGAGACAAAUUAUGAAGACUGUUGGAAGACUGGUACAGACUGCUUAGUGGAAAAGCCUUUUGAAGAUUAUGUUCUUCGAGAGGACGUUGUGUUUGUUGAUCAUCUUGCUCUUUUUAGGCAUCAUAUGCCAAAUCUGUCGGUCCUCCUAAGCCGCCUGAAAAUGAUCCCUGUAGAAGACCCUUUUACUAUUUGGCACAAGGUCUGUUCUUCACAGGAACACCAUCUCAGAAUGGAAGCUUUUAAGGAAAGUGAAAAAACAAUUGCAGAUUUCUCUACAGAACAAUUCCAUGCAAUGCCCCUAGAACAUGAAAAGGAUCUCAUGCUGCCUUUUAAACUCAAAGUCAGCAAUAAAACAAGAGCAAGUGGAACCUCUGUAACAGAUCUUAUCAGAGUAAUGGAGCUGACUCCUGAAUAUGUUGCACUAGAGUUGAAAGAAGGACAGACUGCAGAUUUGAUGAAAGCAGUGUUUAAAUUGGAAUCUUUUAUAGAAAAAUGCUCUGAAUCUGAGAGCUGUGAAGUACUGUUAGACAUAGCUUCAUUCUUUUCUUACCAAGAGGGUGAGCUGGAAGUCCCAUUUACUCCACCACUUCCUCCUCAGGAGUAUGACCACAUUUCACCUCUGUAUGUUAAUCUUGUACCAGAAGAAAUGUCACCUGCUCCUCAUAUCUUACAAAUCACAGAUACAUCCAAAGAUAUACUGGAAAACCUGACAUUAAAUUCAGAGAUUUACCCUCUUUUGCUUAAAGUUCCAUGUGUUGAGUACACAUUCCGUCAUUUGACUCUUUCAAAACUAAAAGAGUUAAUGUCCAUUAGUUUGGAGAUUGUUGAAUUACAAGCUCUUGUCCCAAUGGCAAGUAACUGGUGGAGUGAAUUCGGAUUAAAUGUGGAGUGCACACUUACUCAUUCCAUAGAGCCACUGAUAGCAACUAAUUUAACCAGCAAUCUAAUAUCAAGCAAAUUACCUGUAGAGUCAUUCAGAAAAAUCUCUAUGGGCGAAGUUGAACGAUUGCUGGAGGAGAUGGCAUUCUCUGAAAAACAAAGAGCCACAUUGCAGAAAUGCGAAAAGCAAUCUAAAUCCAAUGACUGUUUCUUUGCAAAGAUAAAACCCUUAUGUUACCCUUCACAAAGGGUUCCAAAUGUGGUUUCUGGAGAUACUGCUGAUAACUUAAUUCCUGAUGUAUUUCUCAUUGAUAGACAGGAAAUUGAUCAUUUAUGCAGCCCAAUUCCUUGUCCAAGCACAGAGAAGACAAGGCCUAAUUCAACAAAUUGUAACAACUUAUCAGAACCUAGCAAAACAAAUCCAUAUGGAAAUUCUAUCUCAAGCAAUUGUAACACAAGUCAUUUAGAAAGCCAAACACAUUCAGCAGAUACAUCAGACCUACUUAGUGACUUUAUAAUGCUUAGAAGCAGAAAAUCACAAGACUCAUGCCAUAUUUAUGUUAAAGAGUCUUCUUUGAAAGAAACUAAAGACGUUGACGCUUCCUGUCCAGAAUCUAGUCUAGUUAACUGCUUCACAUCUGAUGGUAUCACUGAACUCAGAUCAAAAGAUGAACCAGAAUGUCUUAUUUUGUCUAAGAACAUUCCACCAGCAGAAAGACAGUGUCUGGCAUACAGAAUCCUUGAAGCAGAAGCCUUGCCAAUACUGAACAAACUGGUAGACCUAAAUGUACCUGCAUGCAUGAACUGGAACUUUUCAUCUAUCUGCUUUGACAGAACUCAAUUUUUCAUAAGGCAACAAGAAAAACUUGUGACAGACAUCCUUAAUAUGGGUAAGAAAGAAGACAGGGAGAUAACAAUAUUUAAGUAUGCGGCUCUUUUCCAUAUACUGGUGACACUACGAGAUCUUAUCCUGAUGUGCACAUUUGAUAAAGCAUUAGUAUAUUUGUGCAAAGCAAAGGAAAUAUAUAAGAGUGCACUGGGAGCCAGUUUAGAUGGUGUGUGGAGAAAAUUACGGAUUAUCCAGUUUGUUGGAGAGAGGGAUCGAGAAGAAAACCCCAAAAUCAAAACAUUAAAAGCCCUGUUAUUACAGUGGAAGGAAAAGAGGUACAGUGAGGAUUUACAGUCAAAAGUUCUUAUUAUAACACGGCUAAACCAAGGUGAUGUCCAAUGCAUCAUUCUUAAUGCCCUUAGCAAUACAGAAGGUAUGAAGACAGUCAGUUUAUGUCCUACAAAAGACACAUGUCUUAACAGAAAAACUGUUUUGGACAGGUUAAAAGGCUGUUCCUGCAUUGUAGUAAAUAACAAAUAUAUAGGAAGAGAUUUUCCUUGGACUUAUUUUUCACUGGUGAUUGAGUAUGAUGGUACUGACUGCUGGCAGACACUGUGCCAAGACCUAAAACUUCAUUAUGUCACCCUUAUAACCAGCCUACAGGAUUCCGCCUUUAUGGCUGGGAAAUCUACAAAUAUCAGUUUUGCUGAUAUGCUUUUUGAUAUCAAAGUUCCAUAUGUAUUUGUGACAUCAGAAGGACUUAUAAGCAAGCCAGAAAUUCUACAGCUCAUGGAGUCCAGAUACAAUAUAACCUUUAUUGAGAGAAGCAGUAGUGCAUCCUUGCAGCUGUUUGGAGCCACUGACCAAUAUGCAAUCAUUUCUCUGGACUGGCGCACUAGCAUUGUAAUGCAGGACAUAGAGGAACUGCUGGAUAUAGCGUCUACAGAGAAACUAAUCCUUAAGCUUGUAGCCUUGUCUCUGCAGUACAGCUGGUGUUGGCUCAUAUUAUAUUCCAAACAGAGGUACCAUUCUAUAUACAGUCUUUCUGGAAAUGUACUAAAUAGUCUGGCCUUAAUUUAUGCAUCAAUUCUUCCAUUAGCUUCAAAGCCUGAUGAACUGGAAGUAAAGGUUUUUAUUAUGCCGGGGGUAGAGGAAACCGCCUUGCUAAUUCGCAAGAUCGCUGACUACACACUUAUGUCUUAUAAGAGUGACCCCUAUAAGUGGCUGGAUAGAUCCUGGCUGUCUAUCAUGCCUUCUGAGGAAGAAAAGUGUUUACUUGCAUUUCCUUGCAUUAAUCCCAUGGUGGCUCAGCUGAUGCUGCGUAAAGGCUCAUCCUUAAAAUGGCUCCUGUCAAGAUCGAAGGAACAGCUGCAGGCAAUCAUGCCAGAUGUGCCCUCAAAAGUGCUAAAGCAUUUCACUGAAAUUACUUCCUUACAUCGGUUAAGGGCUUCCUCCCAGGAACAAGAUAUGUCACAUGUAACAGACAGUUGUGUACAGACGGAUAAUGACCAUGUCCCAGCUCCAGUAACUGCUGAUAAUAUACAUGAUAGCUCAAAUAGCCAAACACUUGGCAACAGUCAGACCUCCAGCGCAGCUGCCAUUAAUGCUUAUGAAGAUAUUUUAGCAGCAGCCACAACAAAAAGUGUCUCUUUUAAAGAACUAUUCGGAUGCUCGGAGACACAAACUAUUCAGUCCAAUGCAAAUGAAUCAAAUAUGUUGAGUAAAAACCAUCCUGUUGUUAGCAGUGUGGAAAGAAGAAAUUAUUCAUUUUUGAGAGUGGGUACAUCAAUGUCUUCAUUUCACACAGAGACAGAAGGUGACAUUAAUCCUUACCAACCCAAAAAAACACAGCCCCAUAUGUCUUUAUAUUCUAAAGGAAACUUCGGUGUUACAGCUUUUGCUAAAGAUGCAGAGGACUACAAUCAAGAUUUCGGGUACCAUCUUUCCAAAGGUAAUCACGGAACUAGGCAAGAUUCACAACGUUUGCAUCCUAAUGAAAAGAGCUUCUUUACAGACUUAUUUAGCCCAAAGCCAAGUCAAACUCCAAUGUACAACCCAAAGGAAUUAUCAGAUGCUGUGUUUCUGCCUUCAGAAAAGCCAAGAGCCUUGUAUACUCCAAAUCAAAGAACUGAGGCAUUUUGUCUUGCCCAUAUAUCAAAAGUAUGCUAUGACUUAAGCAAUGCUGAAAAUACCAGCUUAACAGAUGCAGAGAAAUCAAGAGGAAAACAAUAUUUCCAACAAUUUCAACCCAAGAGAAGGAAGCUCUUAUAUGAAAGAAUUCCAGGACGAUGUGAUGGACAAACUCGGCUAAAGUUCUUCUGAAGGACAUAUAUUCAGGUGGACUUCAUCUCCUUGAUGUUAUGACUUUACCACUGUAUGUUUGAUGUUGCUGUGACCUCCUAAGCAGAACAAUAUAGCUAUUAACCAUUCCUAAUAAAGAGCCAUUUACACACUU